GUAACUAGUUCUAGUAACGUCAGUUCAGUUCAGUGAAGCAGUGAUUGACUUGACUUUAGGCAAACGAACGGAAUUUUGUUUAUAUUUAUUUGUAAUUUAUAUUGGUAACUUUACCGGUGAAAGUGUAAUAAAUAGUUAAGCUACUUGAAAAACAUUGUAUAUCUUAGCACAUUUACCCGUUUAUUUAUUUUGUUCCUUUAAACCGACAGCCGACCAUGCACCGGCUUUUGCUCCUGUGUCUCUUCAUAACAGCUCCUUCCAGUUAUAGCGCUUCCACUUCAAGUUCUGGAUCAGUGGAAUUGGAUGAGCUUUCGUUUGAAAAAAUAACAAGUAAAUUCGAUGCUUCUCUUGUGAAAUUCGACGUCGCAUUUCCAUAUGGCGACAAACACGACGCUUUCGUGGCUCUUGCAAAGGACGCGAAAGAUGUGGACGAACUUUUGAUAGCUGAAGUUGGUGUAAAAGAUUAUGGGGAAAAAGAAAAUGAGAAAUUAGCGCUCAAAUAUGGGGCGUCGAAAGACAACUUCCCCGUCGUGAAACUAUUUCUAAAAGGCAAGGAUGAGCCGCUAACCUUUGACGAUUCCAACGGUUUUACUAGUGACGAAAUUCGAAAGUUUAUUCGUAAAAACACUGGCCUAUAUUUAAGCCUUCCAGGGUGUGUAAAGAGCUUGGACAAACUUGCUGUCAAAUUUAUAAAGGCCAGUGAUAAUGAAAAUAGAAAGAAAAUACUAAAAGAACUGGAGGAAGAUGUCAAAAAAUUAUCAGACAAAGAAGCUGCCUCCGGAAAAGUCUAUAAGACUAUAAUGAGCAAGAUUCUAGAAAAAGGGGAUGACUUCAUUAAAAGUGAAAGCGAAAGAGUAAAGAAGAUACUCAGUGGGAAAGUAUCUGAGGAGAAGAAGAAAGAGCUAGGAAUUAGAACCAAUAUCUUGCAAGCAUUCCAGUUGGCACACAUUAGUGCAGCCAAAGAUGAACUGUGAUUAUUUUAGGGACAUUUAAGUGCAAUUUUUAGGUUUUAUUAGUGUGGUUUGAAGUGUGGCACAAAAUAUUAUGUUUGAAAAAUCUAUAGCAUAAUGUACAUAAAUUGUGCAAUACAUUUUUAGCAUAUUUUAUUACAGCUAGGCAAAUUUUCCUGUCCAAAAUGAUAGAGUUCAUUUAUUAUAGGUACUUAUACAAAUUAUAAAAAAGUUGAGAUAUGAUGAUGAAAAUCUACAAUUCGUUUCUUUAUAUGGCUGUCAAAUAUGAAUGGUACUGAAGCUUUUGGCAAUGUUUUAUGGGAAUAAAAAGUAGACUUCAUCAAACGUAAACAUAAACCUAAGGUAUUCACAUACCAAUUAAGUACAACAGUAACAUUCCAUUGUCAAAAACAAUAACAUGCUAAACAAAGAGAUGGUUGAUAAAAUAUUGCUUUGAAAUGUAAUUUGAAAAUUGAUUUUUUUUUUUGUUGCACAAAAUGAAAGAUUUUAAGCACAAAAAUAAUUUUUGAUGGUUGUAUUGGACCUUUCCAAUACAAUGUAUGGUUAUGACACUACAGAUUUUAUUUUCAUGGAAAAUAUGAAUAAAUAUUUAAAAAUAUUAAACUUGUCUUAAUAUUGAUGCAAGAUUUUAUGGGAGAAAAGAAACUACUAUUUUAUGAAAUACAUUUAUUUUAUGACUAAAAAAAAAUAAACUGUAAAAUAUUACACAAUGUUUGCCACAUUUUUUUUAUAGUUGGACCUCAAAUUUCUUUUACACUCCGGAAUGUAAGCUGCUACAGUAAAGUAAUUCUUCCAAUUCUUAAAAUAUACAGUCACCACACGACCAAUGGUAUUAUAAGUUUUCCUUCUAUCUGUGUGGUUAUAAGAGGUAGAGACAACAUGCCCAUUUAAAUUGACCCCUUUUAAUGGUAAUGACCAAGCAUUCCUGUAUUUUACUACUAAUUGCCUAUGUGCCGGACUUCUUUUAUCCUGUAUCAUAGAUUGACCAUUGCAAUUGACGGAGAGACGCAACUGGAAGAAAAGCCACGAUAUUGACGAUAAAUAAGACGCUUUGAUAGUUUAUGGUGGUCGUGUGGCUGGCUGUAGUACACAUUGAAAACACAUCUCUAUGAUCAUGCUCAGAUAACACAUUUGUUAUAUACCAUCGUUAACAAUGGUCGUGUCCUGAACUAUACUAACAUCUAAGGUUGUCUUCACUGCGAUACUUGAACGCGCGGUAUAUAUCUUGUAUCAAAUCAAUUUUAAGUGCUGGUAAAAAAAAAUACGCAGAUGAACUCGAAACAUUCAAACGAUGCAAUAUCACAGCGUGGACAGAACCUUACGGAAUAAUUCAUGCCAACAUAUCCAAUUAUAUGUUUAAAACAUCUAUUUUACUAUUCAUAUACCUUACAAUCACAAUUCCUUUAUGAAAAAAAUAUUUGGCAAUAAGAGAUUGUGAACCGUCAACUUUUUAACGUCACAAAUAAAUGAUAUGUAUUACUAAGAAAUGCAACACUUAUUCGAGGAAUUAUUAAAAAUAGGAGUAUCAAAUCCAAAUCACGAAUGAUUAGCUUCAUUCACAGCUAGCAUUGCCAUCUCGAAAACGUUAGGGCGUGUCCACAGAGUCAAUGUAAAAAUCAAAGAGGCAAAGUUAAAAAAGUAUCAUGAGACCUAAGUCGACCAGAAACGCUGAUCAAUGGCGCUUAUCGCCGGAAUCACUCUUGAACUAAGACUUUAUAGUUGUUUGUUACAUAAGACUUUUUGAAAGAAUUUGAUAAAGUAAGUAAAUGCUUUAUUGUUCACUAAAUGAUCAUUACAAAUAUAAAACAGUAGUACAGUACAAAGGCGGGCUUAUCCCUUAGAGAUGAAUAAUAAAAACUGCUGACACGACAUAUUCGGUCAGGCUUUCUCAAGUGGUCUCAAACUAUGUCUGACCCUAUCAAACAGAUGGCAAUGCUAUUCACAGCUUCACAAAUUGUUAAUAUUAAGGCCGACCCAGAUAAGUAUCACCAACUAUAAUAUGUAGGAAAACAUAAAAAUAUAUAUUCUAAUUUAUAGCAGUAAGUUGCAUUAAUACCUGGCCAACAAACAUUGGCACAGUCCUGAAUGUAGGACCAACCAAAUGGGACCAACAAUAGCUGGCGAAUACCCAUUUUAAAACUUAGUCCAUAGAAACAGUGGCACAGUAUCAACCAAUGACAUGAGUCCAUUUUAACAAACAUGGAAUGCAUCAAGAAAUUAUCAUUGCAUAUAUAUAUACAACAUUUCAAAAUUAAACCAAUUUUGCACAUUUUUUAAAGUGAAUAAAAUAAUG